AAAUCGUAUUUUCUAAUAUCGCUUACAAUUAUGGGCGUGGGAGAGGAUGCUGCCUUUUCAGCCCGUACCUAGACAUCACCUCGAGAUUGACAUGCCUUAUGCGAGGAGGUGGACAGCGGGUUUUGACCGGGAUGUCGAUACGCACCACAGUAUUCUUCCAUUCCGGGACCAGCUUGAUCACAUGACGGAUGAUGCGCUAUUUAUAUGGACGUCGUACGCUGCUAUACUAGAUGGUUUGCCCCCCUUCUGUAAGGCAGGUCAGGGGGUUUGGAGGUCGCGGUGUCCAUUGAUACACCUGGACAUCGUAGAGGAUCACAUGCCCGAGCGUGUCUUACGACAGUUUGGGCAUACACAGAGUAUACCCCCUGAUGUCCGUCAUGAGCUCCGACACUACCAGCGGGACGAUCGGGCUGCCAUUGAUGAUAAUUUUUUGGCUUUCAUGGAUGUCCAGCUCCACCGUUGGGAAAACAGGUUGGGCACUUUAGCGGUGGUCGGCCAUUUGACUCCCGUUGAGCAUUACAUGCGCUGGUACCAUCAGAUCACACGCCGAUUGAUUGGCAACCCAGCUUUGCGUCCCCCUAGGGAUGUAGGAUAUUCAGCACUCGCGGGGCAGUACGAGGCAUUGCUGGUGGUCGUACAACGUUUACGCAUCUUGGGGUUAGACCAUAUGCCUUACCCUGGGCUUGCGGGGCUUGUCGCGGAGAUGGUUAGGAUUUCUGAGGAUGGUAUCCGCCAGGCAGGCGAGAUUAGGCGCAUGGCGGAGCCUGUUCCGGAGGCUGAGUAUCAGGCAGCACCGGGGGCUCCCAGAGGAGGAGGCCGUGCUGCCAAAGGACGCCGUGCGCGUAGAGGACGCGACGCUGCUGCCAGAGGACCUGGUGGUGGAGGACUGGUAGAUGAGGCGGAUGAGGCCGGUCCCAUUCCAGAGGGCGUUCACGGUCUAGUCCAUCCGCAGCCCUUCCAGGCCGGUGGCAGCUCACCUGGAGACUCACCUACGUUUACGCCGGCGCUCUUACUUGCUGAGAUACCCGGGUCUUCAUCACAGCCGAGCCAUAAUGCAUACAUGGAGGAGCGUGAUAACGUUGAUUGGGCGGCGUUACGCACUUCAUUAGUUGAUGAGCGGCCUGUGAGGAAUUCAGAGGGAGCCCGAAUUCUUGACUUUGAUGAGUUUUUGAUCCCGAUUCCUGCAUGUAAAUGGAGUCUCUUGAUAGGGCCAUUUAAGGAUGAAGAAGUGGUGUUGGCCCAACUCUGGCUAAGAGUUGGCCCUUGCAAUUUUGGAUAG